AUGUUUCCCAUACUUUUGGCCUUGGUCUUAAUUUUCUGCUCUCAAAUAGAAGCUCAGCUUCAAGUAAAUUUCUAUAGAAAUACAUGUCCUAAUGCAGAAUUAAUCAUAAGGCAGGAGGUCCAAAGAUCCUACUUCAGAGACAGAGUAGCCCCUGGCCUCAUUAGAAUGCAUUUUCAUGAUUGCUUUGUUAGGGGGUGUGAUGGCUCGGUUCUUAUAAAAUCAACUCCUCGAAAUUCUGCAGAAGAGGAUGGCCCCUCGAAUGCUGGUUCUCUUCGUGGGUUUGAAGCAAUCGAAAGUGCUAAGGCUAGACUUGAACAAGAAUGCAGAGGAGUUGUUUCGUGUGCAGAUAUUCUUGCAUAUGCUGCAAGAGACUCCAUAGUAGUAUCUGGAGGACUCGGGUGGGAUGUUCCAGCAGGAAGAAGAGACGGGCGAAUUUCACUGGCUGCAGAAACUAUUGAUAUACCAGCACCAUUCAACAACCUAGACCAAAACCUUCGGGCUUUUGCAAAGAAAGAUUUGUCAUCGGACAACAUGGUUGCACUCCUAGGUGCACACACAAUUGGUUGCUCUCACUGCACACAAUUCAGCAACAGAUUAUACAAUUUCAGCCCGGCAAACGGUCAAGAUCCAACGUUGGACCCUUUAUAUGCUAUGCAACUGAAGCAGCAAUGUCCAAGAGGGCCUAAUGGAAAUGUCGAUCCUAAUGCAGUUGUUUUCAUGAACUUCAGCCCGACUAUAUGUGAGAAGAGCUACUAUGUCAAUGUUUUAAGAAACCGAGGAUUAUUUACCUCGGACCAGACACUGACUACAAGUCCCGAGGCACUAUCAGAAGUCAAAGACUAUGCAAGGAAUAACACGCAAUGGCAAACAGAUUUUGCUGAUGCUAUGAUUAAGAUGAGUCAAGUUGAGGUGCUUACAGGGAUUGCCGGAGAGAUUAGGCUCAACUGCAGGGCCAUCAAGCCCUAA